AUGGUCAAAGGGAGACGCUUCAACCCACCCUUAGACAAGGACGGAAGAUGGUUCCCUCACAUUGGACUAACACAAAAGACGCCAGAAUCCAUCACAAGUAUGAUGUUGAAAGAGUCCCACAGUCCACGUUUAUCUCGGCAAGUGGAGGAGAAACUUCCGCCGAUCUACAAAGUGCGGGAGAAGCAAGCAGUAAAGAACAACUUCCCCUUCUCUGAUCACGACAACCGUCACAGCUUUCAGGACUCUGGGUUCUACCUUGACUCGGGCUUGGGACGUAAGAAGAUCUCCCCAGAAAAAAGGCAACACGUUUCAAGAAAUUUCAAUCUUUGGGCAUGUGACUAUGUUCCAUCUUGUCUUGAUGGCUUUUCAAAUAACCAAAUAUCAUAUGUCUAUAAGGAAGCUGUGGUGGUCCCAAUUUUCAGACGCUUUCCAAGACAUCAUCAUGAGAUAUGGAACACUUUUAAAUUUAUGCCCCAGCAAAGCUAUACAGAGUUUUGGAAAAAGAAUCCAAAAGUAAGGUUCCUGAUUAACAGAAAGACCAGUUCUCCACUGGAGCCAUAACCCUUCCAGAAGAUCCUUGAUGUUUUGCAAUAUUUAUAUGUCGUUGGACGUUCUACAAGUAUGUGUUUUCUGAUGCAGCACUGAUGUUUGAUAUCAGAUUUGUUUAGAAUUAUUUAGAGAAUGUAGACUGCAUGCAUGUACAUUAAUGCUGAGAUGAUGUUUUCUUGCAGUGAUAACAUAGAGAUUAAAGUCCUUAUAUAGAGAAACCAGAAUGGCAACAGAUAACCUUACCACUC